AUGUCGGUGCUGUCCCAAUGGCCCUGGAUCUUGACCGGGGCAGUCUCGGGCUUCAUUGCUUAUUGUAAUUUGCCUUCAGCUUGGAUUCUACCUUCGCAAAAAGCCACUGAGGAUUGGCUGCGGCCCACCCAGCUCAAACCUAUAGCCAACUUGAAUUCGGUUGUGCCCGCCCAUACGUUGUGGGAUGAAACAGGUGCCGUGGUCAUGGCGGUGCGUCGACCCGGAUGAUCUUUGUGCCGAGAUGAGGCUCUCCAACUGUCAGAGUUGGUACCUCAUUUGAACAAGAUGGGCGUGCCUCUUGUGGGGAUUCUUCACGAGACCCUAGGAGCCGAAGAGUUCAAGUCUUUCUUCCAGGGAGAUUUGUACCUGGAUGAAGAGAAACGAUUCUACGGUCCUAAGGAGCGGCGCAUGCUCAUUAUGGGCUUCUUACGAUGGUCAGUUUACCAACAGAUUUUCGCCACCAAGAGCAAAAACGUGGAUGGAAACCUUAAAGGUGAUGGUACGCUAUUGGGUGGAGUCUUCGUGUUGGGUAAAAAAGGCCAAGGGGUUCUAUACGAACACCGAGAAGGCUACUUUGGCGAUCAUUGCAACAUCACAGAAGUGAUGGAGGCGGUCCAUACGAUUUCGGGCCAUACCAAGUAAACGAUGAAGAAUGAAAGACGCGCUGGGGUGAAUUAGUGUCCAGGGACGGAACCCAAAGCAUCUUAAUGAUGAUUCAAGGUGAAAUCCUAAAGCCUUGGAAUCUGAUGAUUGAUGUUGAAAGAGGGCAAUGACCCUGCAGUUAUACAUACUUCAAUCCAAUAAGCCGUACAUGUUCUUCGAUUGAUUAAACGCUUUAUUCGUA